UUAACAUUUGAAGAAAUAAUUAACUCAAAUUGUUUCGACUUUUUAUCAAUGUUUUGCGGUCAGAAUUAAUAUCGGCACUCAACUUAUAUUUAAAAAUACAUUAUACAAAGUUUUUCAUUUUAUCGCGAUUUUAUUAACUCGUCAUUAGCAUUGAAAGUACAAUAAGAGUUCAGAUUUAAAUCAAAGCUUCAAGAGUACGGAUGUAAAUUACCUAUAAUAUUCAGAUAUGACAAACGUCAGGAAAAGAAGUGGAUGUGACUCCGGAAUUAUAGCGGAUAUAGUUUCUGUCGCAUACAAAAUGACGCAUAAAUAUCGUGGCAGAGCAUUAAUUUUUAAUAAUGAGCACUUUGACGAUAUCAACUUAAGUCCCCGAAUGGGAACGCAUAUGGAUAGUGAGCGACUCGAAAAGGAACUACAACGUUUGGGUUUCAAAGUUCGCGAAUAUAUGGACUAUACCAAAAAGGAUAUUUUGAGUAAGAUCAAAAAGACGGCAGCGCGCGAUCACUCAGAAUACGACUGUGUUUGGAUAGCGAUACUUUCACAUGGUAAAAAUGGAUAUAUUCAUGCCAGGGAUGCGUUGUAUUCUGUUGAGGAUAUUUGGCGACCUUUUGCCGAAGACAAAUGUCCAACGUUGGCUGGCAAACCGAAAUUGUUUUUUAUUCAGGCCUGUCAGGGAGACCGUACAGAUCCUGGCUAUCCGCUGCUACAGCCCGAAAUGAUGGACAACGAAACGUCAUCGUUUAUGUGCUGUCGCAUGCCCAUGUGUAAGGAUUUCUUGAUCGCUUUCUCCACUCUACCGGGAUUUUGUUCAUGGCGCAAUACCCUCGAUGGAAGCUGGUUUAUACAGAGUUUAUGCGAGGAACUUGCACUCAAAGGAUCAAGCUCUCAUCUUUUAACUUUAUUGUCUUCUGUAGCUGGGCGUGUUGCUUUCAACUUUGAGAGUUAUAAUCCCUCAAACCCUACAAUGCAUCAGAAAAAGCAAAUCACUUUUACGAUGUCAACGUUGACUAGAAUUUUAUGUUUUCCUGACAAAAGCAGCGAGGAAUUUAACGAUGAACUUGAUAAAUGAAAUGAAGUAACCGAUGUUGAUGAUUCAAACACCACAAAAAUUUCCCUAUCGCUCCAAAAAUUA